CUCCUCGCCCAGCAGGAAGUUUCACUGCUCGGUUGUGACUUUUGUUUGGAGCCGCUCGGCGGGACGUGGAACCCUCGGCGAGCCGGGCGACAUGGCUUGAGGUAACACGCUCGGACUCCGGGCUCCCACUUUCGGAAAUAACUAUUAUGGGACAUCAUGUUCAGGCCGGUUCUUUUGGACUUCUUUAGCGGGUUUUUUUGUGAGAGUCUUGCCCGAGGAGGGGAGCCGGGAUCGGCAUGGCAAACGUCAAAGUCGCUGUUCGAGUCCGUCCACUUAACGCGAGGGAAAGUCCAGAUGGAGGAAGGCUGGCGGUUCAGGUGCAGGAAAAGUUUGUGAGGAUCCAAAAUGUCAAGCUGGAUGGACGCGGAGACCACACGGUCGACUCCAGGGAGAAACUUCUGGAGUUUUGUUUCGAUUACUGCUACUGGUCGGUGCACCCCGAAGACCCCCACUAUGCGUCGCAGGAAGAGGUGUUCCAGGACUUGGGCGUGUCGGUGCUAGCCGGAGCUUCCGAGGGCUACAACGUGUGUCUGUUUGCUUACGGCCAGACCGGCUCGGGAAAGACUUACACCAUGAUGGGAACAGCGGACUCCGCCGGUUUGACUCCUCGCAUCUGCCAGGGUCUGUUCAGGUCUCGGGAACCGCUUCCCGACGGGCAGAACUCCAGCCGAGUGGAGAUCAGCUUUUUGGAGAUCUACAACGAGCGAGUCCGAGAUCUGCUAGGAGGUGGCGAGCACAAGAAGAGAACCUCCCUGAGAGUCCGAGAGCAUCCCGAGAAAGGUCCCUACGUGCAAGAUCUAUCACAGCAUGUGGUGUCGGACAGCAAGCAGGCCGUGGAACUCCUGGAGGCGGGCGUCGCCAACCGCAUCACGGCGGCCACCCACAACCAUGACGCCAGCAGCCGCUCCCACGCCAUCUUCACCAUCCAGUACACUCAGGCCAUACUUGAGAAUAACCGUCCCUCCGAAACCGUCAGCAAGAUCAACCUGGUGGACCUGGCAGGAAGCGAGAGAGCCGACCCCAACUACUGCAGGGACAGACUGACGGAGGGCUCCAACAUCAACAAGUCGCUCGUCACGCUCGGCAUCGUCAUUUCCGCACUCGCCCAGAACUCCCACAUGUCCAGCAGCUGCCAGAGCAUCAACAGUAUGGCGUCCGAGGGCGACGGCAGCACGGCGGGCAGCCACAGCAGCUCCUUGUCUGGAGGAGGAGGAGGAGGAGGAGCACCAGGAGGAGGAGGAGGGAGGAGACACUGCUUCAUCCCCUACAGGGACUCCAUCCUCACCUGGCUGCUGAAGGACAGCCUGGGGGGGAACUCCAAGACCAUCAUGAUUGCAACCGUGUCGCCUUCCGCAAGCUGCUACAACGAGACCCUCAGCACCCUGCGCUACGCCGCCCAUGCCAGGAACAUCGUCAACAAGCCUCGGGUGAACGAGGACGCCAACGUGCGCCUGAUCCGGGAGCUGAGGGAGGAGAUCGACAGGCUGAAGAGCAUGCUGCUCGGCUUCGGAAUGCAGCGGGAUCCCAGCCCAUCCCUGAGCGACGAGAGGGACGGAACGUUGUCGGACAUGGUGUUGCAGAAUGAACUGAAGGUGGAGCAGCUGACCAAGGACUGGUCCGAGAGCUGGGGGGGGGACAAGAAGGAUCUGCUGGACCAGUACAGCGUGGACAUCCAUGGAGACCGAGGCGGCUUCCUCAUCAACUCCCUCCAGCCUCACCUGGUGGCCCUCCACAGGGACGUCCUCAGCACCGGCGUGGCCUUCUACCAUCUCACGGAAGGAGUAACCCGCAUCGGGCCGCUGGACCCGUUUCAAGAACCGCAUAUAGUUUUGCAGGGUGGAUCCAGCUGUGAGGUCCAGAAUGAUGGCGGUGUGGUCACGCUCAGACCGCUACCCGGUUGCGUCUGCCUGAUUAACGACAGGGAGGUCACCGAGCCCUGCAGGCUGGCGCAAGGAAUGGUGAUCACCUUGGGAGGGGUCCAUAAAUUCCGCUUCAACCACCCAGCCGAGGCGGCCAUCCUCCGGGAGCGCAGGCGGGCAAGUGAGGGUGGCAUGCCCUGCAGCUACAUUGACCUCUGCCAUCCGACCCCUGACCAAAGCAAAGCGGGCGACCAAACGUCAACAACGGUCACGUGCUCCUCCCCCGGCGCGGAGUCGUCUGCCGGGCAGCGCUUGGAGUUGCAGCGGCGCUACGUGGAGCGUUUGCGGCAGGAGAUUUGCAUGGAGCAGAGGCGGGCCGAGGCGGAGCUGGAGAAGGAGCAGGUCCGCAUCCGGCAGCAGCACAAUGAGAUCAAGGAGUGGAUCCUGCAGGAGAAACAUCACCUCACCCAGGAACUCGGAGUUCAAACCGACCCCAUUAUGGAGCAGCUGGCGAGAAUCGUACCCGACUCGCCGGCCUCCGUUUGUCCGUCCGUGGUCGUCGGCGCCAGGAAGAAAGCCGCCCAGGAGGAGCUACUGAAGCAUCACGCCCUGAGGCGCGCCGAGCGUCGCCUCCGCCGGAAGAAGCUGGAGUUCCAGCUGGAGAGAAUCGCACGGAAGCGCCGUCUGUUGGAAGCCAAGCGGGAACUGCAGCGUCUGGAGAAGGACUUGCCCCCUCCCGGACCAGACGGCCCCGAGGGCCCCCCAGGGAAGCUCAAGGAAUAUGUUUCCCGGAGAUAUUCCUUCUCGGCUGAUCUAGCGUCCCGCCUCCACCCACAGCAGAGCCCAGUCUUCAGACAAUUCCUGAAGAGGAAUAAAUCCACGGAGCUGACCUCAAACUCGUCUCCUGAACGUGUCAGCGGUCGGAAGUGGGUUUCGGACGAGUGCCUCCCUCGGGAAAGGACCCAGAGUACUCCUGGGGUUCUUCUCUCAGGUCUGAAUCCAGGAAGAUCUUGGGAAAACUUCUCCCUGACAAGCAAGGAGGAGGCGCUUGAUCAAGUCCGGUUCCCGCAGAGAGACUUGGCGUUUCGGAGCAGAUCAGACUUUGCGAACCCUUCCGUAGUACCAAAGUCACCACUCGGACUCCUUGUGCAGGAUCUUGGCAAAGACCAUGUAGCAUCCGAAACCAACCUAGCAGGUUUUCCAGACCGAUCCCAUUCCAUUUCGCUCGGGUUCAAAAUGUCGGAAAAUGGAAAACCGAGACAUGAAGAUAGCGACGUGAUGAGCGGAGGUGGCAUUAAAACCGCUAUCUCAUGCGAAGACCUUGACCAGAAGAUCCCCAUUGAGGGUGUCGCGAUGAAGACCACCAAGUGUGUGGAAAGCCAGCAGGAGGAAGUCACAUCGGACUCCGAGAGUCUUUUCUCCCUGGAUUCUUUAUCUUCAGCUUCCGCUGGCGUUCUUGCGGAUCAGCUGAGACGCGAAACGACGGCUCGGAGCGACGCCGAGAGCGAAGACAGCGAGAUGUCCAAAGAUUCUCUAUCGGUGGACAGCAGACAGAAGGAACGCUCGGUCGGGAUGAACUUCUACCAAAGAGUUGUUCCGAUGUACUCAUUGGUGACGGAUGUAGCGUACUUUGGCCAAAAACCGAAGAACCACCGGAACCAGCAAACAUCUGAAUCAUCUUCAGUAGAACCACAAAGAAACAGAGAUGUUCAGAAGUUCUUUGAAGGUAACAAGGAGUCUGAAAACCUCAGUUCUCCAAGGAUCCGGAAACUUCCAUCAGAUCCACACCUGAAGAAACAUGCUCCACGCUCAUCUCAGAGUUGUAUCUCCGAACGUACCAGCGCCGGAGUUAUCGGAGAACAGUCAGACAGUCAUCCAGACCUCGAAGAACCAGUCAGUGUAGACCUCGUAGAACCGUCACCGCUCGGGAAUACCAAUGAAGGCGCCUUCAAAAUGGCCGAAUCACCACACGAGAAACCACAAACCAAAGAAGCAAACGUUUCACUUCCGCGGGAAUCAUCUUCUCGGAAGAGGAACAAGGAGAAACUGGACGGUUUCGCGGCUGGUCGGAAAAUCCGGAAAAGAAGCCCUUCGCCGGUUAGCGACCAGGAUCGCACUCGGUCGGAUGAUAACAACAAUACCACCAAAGAAGAACAUGUCGGGGUUCUUUCCAAGUCCGGCGUACCCGGUAUUCCGUCAGCGCUCCAGUCUUCUGCGGUAGACCAGGAAGUCUCCGUAAAACAAGAGGCGGGGUCUGAAGUGGACCAUCCCAGAAGAAAACAUGUCUGUCGGUGUGAGGCCAUCUGCAGCGCCAUUGACCUGAGGAUCUCGGAAGUGGUUAAGGAACACCUGGAACUGUUGUUGCCUAGGAACUGGAGUCGGAGCCAGGGAGCCGGAAUCGCACCAAAUCCACAAAAAGGAUUGAGCAGGAACCCGCCGAGUCCGACUGAAACCAAUCAAAAGCCUCGGAGAUCUUCUAACCUUGAUGAAGAACCAACCGGUGACAAAGUCUCUGGAAGUUCCACAUUCCCGACCACACGGAAUCAUUACGGGAAUGAAUCAAGUCAACAAAACCAAAGAAAUCCUCUCUUUCUCCGAGCGACUGAUCCCAAAUCAUCUGAGACUCUGGAUUCUGGAACCGCAAAAUCAUCUCCAGAUGGUUCCAUUUUCACGUCACGCAAAGAAACCACUCCCGCGGGAAUCGAACCGCGUGUCAGAGAGCACCAGUGCAGCGGUCCGAACUCUAUUAAAUCUGUUGUGGUCGCUCCCGAUUCCGACACCACGUCCGAAGAAGUCUCAACGUGCGAUCUUGAAGACCACAAAAGUUCUUACAUAGCCAAAAACCACAACAAGGCAUUGACCGACCGAUCGGAAGUUCGCAUCCCAGAAUGCUUUGCACUUUCCGGAGAUAAAAAGACUUCAAGUUGUUCUGGAUCUCCGUGUCAUCCAGCCGGAAUGCUGAAAAACUGCAAGUCCAAAAGACUCAGGAGGUCCAGGAUACAUCUGGAUUCAUCCUCGGAGUCUUGGACUACGUCAUCAGAUGGAGACUACGACCAAACCGAUGCACAUUCCCAAGUGACGGAUGCUGCAUUUUUCCUCAAAAGAUUCCCGUUCCGUCCACCGGGAACGCCACUAAGGAAAAAUCUCGUAAAAACAACAAAGGACGCCGUCAUGCGUUUCUCAUCCAGCGACAUCAACCCUUUCGCGCGUAAGUGGCAAGAUGGCGACCAAAUCCAACAGUUCUGUAGGAACCCCGCUUUCGGGAGCGCCGCCGACCUCUCUCGGGAAUCUCCGCUUUUGCGCAGCACGGAAAAACGCAUCACGAGGUGCUGUAGCGUGGAUAACGGAUUAAACGGGAAGAACUCGCCCUUCGUUUCCCAUUUGAGCGCCUACGCCGCCAACAAGGUUUUGUCCAGCACGCUGAGCAGCAUCGAGGACUACGAAAACCAAACCACCUUGACGCCCGGUCCUCGACCGUCCUCGUCCGGACUCCGUGUACCAAGCGGUUUUGCUACCCACUCCACAUCCGAUCCAGACUCCGGACAAAAAAUAUCCAACGAGGAAACCACUCGGGUCCUACCGCUCACUCCAUCGGAUCAGGAUCCGCGGAGAAAGACCCGUCACAAAAGAAGCCACACAGAUGUACCGGAAUCCAGACCGGGAAUAAACGCAUCUCCGACGUGGACAAGUAUGGAAAACAUGUCGGUACACAUCUCCAAACUGAUCCACAGCACCUCCGACUUACUGGGAGACGUCCAGGGUCUGAGAACCGGUCACAUGGGCCGGUCGAAUCCACCGAGAAGUAGCGGCCACGGUAGAACCGAAGUCGGGAUACACACCAAAGAACCUCAGACUCCACCAAACAUGGAGAACCGUCAAGGGUCCAGAAGUCACGAGGUCAACGUGACGUUGAGAGUCAUCGGGGCCGAGGUGGUGGAAACCGAGACCAGACCAGUCCAGUCUGGGAACGGGAAGACCUCUGCGGAAAAAAUGGGAUAUCGGAACCUGCUAAGAUCUGCAACUUCUAGAGGUCCAAAGAAAUCCGUUCCCGCCGAGACGCCGCUCCGCCAUAUUGAAAACAAACGUAGACUCAACGGAUACCACAAAAUAACUUCUUCAAGGAAUUCCAAUUCCCAUGAAUCCGCAACCUUCACAGAUCGGGCAUCGUCCCCGAUUCUCACUGUGGUGGUAGACCGGCAGGUCGGUCACAAGAACCAGGUCUCAGAUGAACGGUCAUGUGUUUCAGUAGAGCCAAAACUAGACUGUGAUGUUUGUUCCGGAAUAUCCGAAUCAUUGGAGAAGCUCAGCGAAGACUCGGAAGACUGCUCCUCGAGAUCACUUCACCGUGAAGACCAAGGGAACGCCCAUCCUCGAGUCAAGUGGCCUUCGGAGGGUCCUCGCCGCGUCACAUCCGGGUUUUCCCUGCCAAAGCCCCGUUCCGUUAACGCUCAAGUCAGUCGGUGUAAUCGGAAAACCACAAGAACCCGGCAAAGACUUGACUUUCACGACUUUGCUUCUGCCGGAUCCGGAAUCAGCGACGGAACCGAUGACGCGGCGUCGUUGACGGCGAGCGAUUGCAGCACCGACGUCCUGCUGAACGCCGAUCCCGUCACGUCCGUGUCCGUGUCUCGGGAAACAUUCCCGGAGGAUCUUCCCAUGCACAACAAAUUCAGCAACUGGUCCGGCGUCAACCACGCGAGGUCAAGGUGCCGGAGUUCCGCCUCUGCUUUCCGGCGGCGGGAGAUCGAGCGGCUGCGUCAGGACCGCGAGCGUGUCAUGGCGUCCGUUAACCUCGGCAACGGCGCCACGCCGCUGACGGUGGAGCUCGCCGAAGCCAAGCUGCACUACGGCCUCGGAGAAACCGAUACGCUCCUCAAGAUGCUUUCGCCGCGGUCGGCUGACGAGUCGGAGCGUGUGACGCCCGCCCCCGGCGGCGAACGGGCGAACCGCCGAGCUCGCAGUCUCAGCCCCGCCAAACGUCGACACUCGCCUCAAGAAGUCGUCCGGCGGUUGAAUCCAGAGGUCGCCGGUUCCGACGCAAAACCCGACCGAGCGUGUUCGUCGGACAUCGAGCAGCUGCUUCGAGAUUACGGCCGCGCCCGCCAGGAAGCCAUGAUGGAGAUCGCAAAAGCGCGGGAACGACUACGCCGGCGGACCGAGCAGGAGAAGCGGAGGCUCCAGCAUCAGGCGUCAUCUCCCGAUGCCAAGGAGGACCCCAGACUUGGGACCAGGAUCAGCAACAGCACCUUAUGCACCGGAUCCAGUCUGAGCCUCUCGUCUGGACCCACGUCAGGCUACAACAGCGGCUACGCCCCGCAGACGCAGCACGGCCACGGACCGAGUCCUUCCGUACAGUCCUCAGGGUCUCUGGGAGAAGGUCUGAAGGUUGGCGCAGGGCCUCCGACGUGCGGUCGGCGCUUCACGACGCAGCCAACCUCCGUUUCUGCUCAGGGUCGACCUGGGAACGCCGUCGUUCCCGCCGCCGCCGCAGCUCCCGAGCACGGUUGCUAGGAGGCGAGCGGCUGUCAUCGCCGCCCUGGUGGACACGUGAAGAUCCGACACGUUUUAUGAAGGUUGACGACGGUUUAUGCUAGCUUACCAAAGGACUUACAUACAUUAUAAUAUUAUUAUAUGUAAUAUUAUUUUUAUUAGCUAUCAUUUCAAUAAUCAUAAAAAACGGUCAAAUACAACGAAUCAUCAUACAAAUCAUCUGUUCCAGGGUCAAACUGUCCCCAUAGCAUGUGUGAUGUUUUUAGUACAAAGGUGUCCAAAGUGCGGCUUCAGGGUGGGGUGGGGGUCAUAUGGGAUGUGUCACUGUUUUUUUUUUUUACAUUCUAAAAAUAGCAACAAAAAAACCUAACAAAAGUUGCAUCAUUUUUUACAAUAAACAAAGUCAGAAUAUUAUGAGAAAAACAACAAAAAAACAGCAAAAAUCAAGAAUAAAGUCAAAAUAUUACAAGAAAAACAUAAUAAUUUUUCCAGCAUAAACCCGUAAUUUUAUGAAGAAAAAUAAUGUCAUUUUAGGAGCAUAAAGUUAAGCUAUUAAAGAUAACAAUUUUUUUUUUUUUUUUUUUUUGCAAAGGUGUCCAAAGUGCGGCUUCAGGGUGGGGUGGGGGUCAUAUGGGAUGUGUCACUGUUUUUUUUUUUUACAUUCUAAAAAUACCAACAAAAAAAACCCAACAAAAGUUGCAUCAUUUUUUCAACAAUUAAAGUCAGAAUAUUAUGAGAAAAAUAACAAAAAAAUCAAGAAUAAAGUCGAAAUAUUAUGAGAAAAAAAUUAUAAUUUUUCCAGCAUAAACCCGUAAUAUUAUGAAGAAAAUAAUGUCAUUUUAGGAGCAUAAAGUUAAGCUAUUAAAGAAAAAAAAUUGUUUUUUUGCUUUAUAAUGUUAUGGGAAUAAUGUCAUAAUAUCAUAAAAAGAACAUUUAUAGAGAUUAUUUAAUUAUUUAAGAAAACUAUUUAAAUAUCUGUAAAAUAAAAAAAUAACAGCAAUAAUUACAUGAAGAUAAUUAUGAUUAUUAUUAUUAUUAAAUUAACCUAGCAUGUUUUUGGAAUGUGGGAGGAAACCGGAGUACCCGGAGAAAACCCACGCAUGCACAGCCAAGGGGGGAAUUGAACUCGGGUCUUUUGAUACAGAAGAAAUAUUAAAAAAACAAAACAAAAAAAAAAAAAUUUCCAUAUGCUGACACACUAAACGCCAAUCAUAAACAAAAGAAAAACAAACACAAAGCUGUUUAGGUGCUAACAUGCUAAAUAACUAAAGACGCUAAAGAAUGAACUUCUUAUGAGAAGUUAUGUAAACGUUAUAUAUGAUAUAUACGCUGAAAUAUUAGUGACUACUGAACUGUUUAGGGUUAGCUAACCCAGCUUUGCUAUCAUGAGUUUGCUAAGAAAAUGCCCGAAAAAAAAAAUUCCGAUUGCAGUUCCGUGUUUUGUGCCUCACACGCUUAGAAUACUGUAGGUCAAGGUCAAAUUUAUGAAUAUAGCAUAUUUCCACCAAUGAACUGCCCAAAGUACUGUACAGCAGCCAGUAAAACACACAUGCAUAAUAAGCAUAAAUAAGCUAAAACUAGGACAAUGUAUCUUAUUAGUAUUUAGUGGUAUUUUUUUUUUCAUCUUAACUAUGCAAAAAAAAGGUUCUCAUUGAAAAACCAAAGAUUUUUUUAAUCACUAUUUUGUAUUUUUAUUAUUGUUGUAUAGCUAUAUAUUUUUGUAUUGUGUUGUGUUCAAGGCUUAUUUAUGUUGUCGUUUUUUUUUUACAUAUGAAUACAAUACAGGUGCAUCUCAAUAUAAAUGGGUACGUGCAUACCUUAGUGAAAAUACUAAAAAAAUACUCCAAUAUCAUUUUUAGAUAAAUUAUUGUUGACAAUAUUAGUCAAAAAACGUGUUUUUGAAGGUAAUUGUUGGCCUACUUUUUCGGAUUUGUAAGCAUAAGGGUGUCUAAAUAAAGUUACAUUCAAAAUAAGGCUCUCAAUAUGAACAUGCAGUAUCCUACAGUGGCCACUAGAUGUCACUAAUGUUAUACAUUGAUGAGACAAUGUAGUGACAAAUCAAACCGUUUUCAUGAUGAAUCCAGUGGAUGAGUCCAAUCCACAUUAGGGGGAAAUCCAGGUACAGUGGUUUUCCACCCGGACCAGGUCUAUUGUGGUCUAGAUGCUGAAAAAAACGGAUACAUUUCCCUUUAUUGCAUUUCCAUAAAUAGAAUAAAGAGAGCCAAAGGGGCUUUUCUAUGGAAAUUUUAUUAAUAUAAUCAUCAAUAAGCAUAAUAAUUAUUACUAUGAUAAUUGUUAUCAAUAAUAAUCAGAAUAAUCAAAAUAAAUAAUAAGCAUAAUAAUUAUUAUUAAUUAAUAUUAAUUAUUAAAUAAAUAUUAAGAUUAUUAAA